AUGCGGGCCGCCCUGUUGAUCCAGCGCUGGUACCGACAGUACCAGGCCCGCCUGGAGAUGAGACGCCGCUGCACUUGGAACAUCUUCCAGUCCAUCGAGUACCAGGGAGAGCAAGACCAAAUCAAGCUGUACAAUUUCUUCACCUACCUCAUGGAGCACUUCACGCCUGCCAGCAGUGAAAGAAACCUCAUCUCGCACAUCUUCAGGGAGAAUGACAUGCUGAAGGACAUCGAGUGGGAACGCUACUUCAACUACAAGAACAUCGAGGUGCCAGAGGAUUACUGUGGACCUCACCUGACUUUCCCUCUCACCGUCUCCAACGUCACCGAGCUGGUGGAGGCUUUCAGAAACAAACAACAGCUCCACUCGCGCUACGUGCUGCAGCUGCUCGGGGAGACCUGGAGACUGCUGCGCCUCCUGCCAAACAUCAACCACGUGUCCACCUGCCACACCAAGGAGAUCACCAUCUGUGGAGAUCUGCAUGGCCACCUUGAGGAUCUGCUGCUGAUAUUUUAUAAGAAUGGCCUGCCCUCCAUGGAAACUCCCUACGUGUUCAAUGGAGACUAUGUGGACCGAGGGAAGAACUCCGUUGAGAUCCUCUGUAUCCUCUUCGCCUUCCUCCUCCUGCACCCCCACGAUGUCCACUUAAACAGAGGGAACCACGAGGACCACAUUGUCAAUCUCAGGUAUGGCUUCACCAGAGAGGUCCUGAGUAAAUACAGGCUCCAUGGUAAGAAGAUCCUCAAACUGCUCCAGAAGAUCUUCAGUUGGAUGCCUCUCGCUACCGUCAUCGACCACAAGGUCCUCAUCGUACACGGAGGGAUCUCAGACACAACCGACCUCAAUAUCAUUGCCAAAAUGGAUAGGCACAGAUAUGUGUCGUCGCUUAAGCCUCCCAAGCAGAGGCGAAUUCUGCACAAGAGCCCAAGUCGCGCUGUGGGGGACCCCCAGGAGGUGGACAUCGAGUUGACCGGUGAGGACAACGUUCUCAACGUGCUGAUGAGUCCCGGAGGUGCGGAGAGGAGGAGGGUGCGCUCCCUCACCCACAGCAGCCCUACGGCGGGCGCCCACCGGGCCCUGCUGCAGCGCCGCUCCCUGCAGUCACACACCAACGUGGAGGACGAGCUGCAGGAGAGGCGGCGGCAGGCCGGUCUCAGUCCGCAGCGCAGCAUAGCCAUGGCCUCCCAUGGUGACAGCACCAGCCACCAGUCUUUAUCCUUGGACGCAGACGGGGACAUUGAUGCGGACACCGUCACAGAGGCAGUGGAGGCCGAUGCGGAGGAGUGGAAACAGAUCGUGGACCUGCUGUGGAGCGACCCGAUGAGCAUGGCGGGCUGCAUGCCUAACGAGGUGCGUGGGGGCGGCUGCUACUGGGGGCCGGACGUGACGGAGGCGGUGCUCACCAAGCACCAGCUGCAGCUGCUCAUACGCUCCCACGAGUGCAAGCAGGAGGGCUACGCCUUCUGCCACAACCGACGGGUCCUGACCAUCUUCUCGGCCUCCAACUACUAUGAGGAGGGCAGCAACAGGGGGGCCUACAUCAGACUGGGGCCCGACCUGGUGCCCCAUAUGGUCCAGUACCAGGCCACGCGCACCACUCUGGACCUCACACUCAGGCAGAGUGUGGGAAGGACGGAGCGUUCAGCAAUGCGUGCCCUGAGGCAGCAGCUCUUCGCCCAUAAGUCCGACCUCAUCAGUGCCUUUCAGGAGCACGACCCAGACAACACAGGUUGCAUCUCGCUGAAGGACUGGGCCGUGGUCUUAGAGAACAAGCUGCACCUUGCGUUGCCAUGGCGUGUCCUGCGCUCUCAGCUGGUCAGCAGCACCAAGAAUGGAAUGCUGGACUACAACGAAUGGUUCCGGGAACUCGCUGUCUCCAAGCCCAACAAAGAGGUUGCAGAUACAAACGUGCUGGAGACAUUGUACAAACAUCAUUCCAACCUGGAGACCAUCUUCCGCAUCAUAGACACAGACAACUCGGGUCUGAUCUCCCUGGACGAGUUCCGUCAGACGUGGCGGCUGCUGAGCUCCCACCUGAAGAUGGACAUCAGCGACGCGGCCAUAGAGGACCUGGCCCACAGCAUCGACUUCAACAAGGACGGCAGCAUUGACAUCAACGAGUUCAUGGAGGCCUUCCGCCUGGUGGACAGCACACACAGCGACAUGAACAGCCACCAGGACACGGCUCCACCCUGACCGGACCGGACCAGGAGUGCGUCUCUCCACAGCGUCGUUGCUUACUAAGUUCGCAACUUACUUGGUCGCAAAUGACAACUGGGUGGACCACCCGCCACAUUCCAAGAGGAUGGUUUUGUGAAUAGUUCAGCUUGUUUAGUUACAUAAUUGUUAAAUCUGCUACUAAUAGAAAUGGUGUGGCUUUAUUCAUUUAGAAAACCAAAAAGCCAUAGCCCAUGUGGGGCUUUUCCAUUACAUGGUUUACAGACCGAAGGAACCUCCUAAACCUAGGGUACUCUCUGGAGUGCCCUUGAGGACGACCUUUGUAUAUAUAUUUUUGCUGACUUAUGGACCAUGGAACACUAAAAACUGUGGCAUCAUUCAGACGUAAAGCUUGGCCCGAGAAGGCUAACAAUGUUCAUUUAGACUUUUUUGUUAUAUUUUUCUACAACAUAUAAGUUAUUUAAGCUAUUGACCUGGAAACUAGAAGUCCUACAAUGGACUUGUCUGGACAGAGGACACUCGCCGCCAAUGAUUAACACAUACUGCAUCUCCAGAUGUGUAUAGACACAACACUACUACUGCCUCUCAUGGAAAAAACUGGAAAUGAUUUAUAAAUGGAAAUGAAUUGAAGAGUUUAUUUGCAAAACGAUGCAUCUUCAUUUUGUAGAAUGCUGGGAAAUUGACAUGUUUGUAGUGGCCAUUCCAUUGGAUUGGAUUGCAAAAAGCAUUUUAGAUAGGUUUAAAAAGAAUGUUCUCAAAAUAUUUGAAUGGCAAGAUAUCACACAUAGGUGAUGGGACCUCUGAACAGUCGUUUCAAAUAAUAAAAUGCAAAAGUCAAAAAUGGUGGAGGAUACACCGUUUCGCAAAUAAACUCUUCAAUUAUAGCCGAAUGAACACGAAGUGCUGCACUGUUGGAGGUCAGACACAAGAGGAUGGCAAAUGAUGUCUUCCAUCGUUGGAGUGGGGUAGUAACAGUUGCUCUGGUUGAUCAUAGCACGCAGAGGCAGAAGAACAACAGUUAGUGAAUGGAAAGCAUUUAUAAAGCAAUUUCCCACUCCUUCGAACACACAGCGCUUUACAUGCAUGUCUCACAUUCACCCAUUCACACUCACACUCACACACUGGUGGCUGUGGCUUCCACACAGGGUACCACCCUGCCACCAGGAGCAAUUUGUGGUUAAGUAUCUAGCUCAAAGACACAUGGAUGAGGGUCGGACAGAGCGGGGCUUGAACCUGCAACUUUCUGGUUGCCUAAGAGGCUUCCCUACUGAGCCGCCACUGACCCCCACAGGCCCUCAGCUUUAUAAACCGGGAUGUGCCCGACUAUAUAUUUUUCAUGGUAUAGUCUGGCUUGCCAGGCUGUAUGAAUUACUGAGAGAUGUUAUAAAUGAUAUGAAAUGAUAAUUACAACAGAAAAAAAAUCUUAAGCUUUCUUUGAUCUUUAUUGAACAAGAUUGACAUCAUUACCAAAAUGACAUUAUCUAAAAACACACAAUCCAAUGCAAUACAUUGUAUAUACAGCAUAAUCAUAGCGAAACUAUGAUGUUUCAUCUCUGGGUUACCACUGCCUCAUAAUAAGCAUUUUCUUGUGACUUUAUUUUAAAAAAGAAGAAAAAAAACUCUGUAUGAAAGUAUAUGCCAAAUAAACCUCCGUUAAUAUACAAAUGGAGCUGCA